AUGAUGAAGACGACCCUGGAAGCCGAUGCCGCUGAGACCGGCAAGGGGCGCAUCUCCUUUAGCGUAGAUUCGCUGCUGGGGGGGAAGACCGAUGCGCCCAGGGUCACGCCAGAACCCAGCAACGACAGUGUCAUAGAUACGGACGAUAGUGAUGUAGACAUAGAGGAUGUGGAGUCGAAUGCUGGCGAUGAAAGAGACGAGAGAGAAAGCAAUGGGGAGGAGACGGAGAGGAGCGGAGUCGUGGUGCCGCAGCCGCUGUUGCCGAGGCUGUACCAGGGCCCGACACACGCUUGGCCGUUCGGUGCAUUCCCGUGGAUGGCGCCUAAUCCGAUGUUCCGCGCGGGGUCGCCCAACAGUGAGUAA